GUUCAGUGGUCCCCACAUAAUGAAACUAUUCUGGCUAGCUCUGGCACGGACAGGCGCCUUCACGUUUGGGACCUUAGCAAAAUAGGAGUUGAUCAAACGGCAGAAGAUGCAGAAGAUGGUCCCCCAGAGUUGCUCUUUAUUCAUCCAGGACAUACCGCAAAGAUAUCUGACUUUUCUUGGAACAUAAAUGAUCCGUGGGUAAUCUGUUCAGUAUCCGAAGAUAAUAUCCUUCAAAUAUGGCAGAUGGCCGAGAAUAUCUAUAAUGAUGAUGAAUUGGAAGGGGGACCCAUGGCCAUGGAACAGGCUCAUACUUGA